CGCUUCACGUAACGUCACCUGCGUUAUCAUUAACCCCCUCUCCCCCUCUCACCUGGCGGAGACCCGGCUCGAGCGGUUUAUCAAAUCACGUCGCCGGUGUCUCCGCAGGUCUCUAGCUAGCUUUCCGUUCAACCGCGAGACGUUAGCUUUUUUUUUUAUUUUUUAUUGUCGGUAAGUUGCCGUGACGCGGAGUAACCUGUCCGCGCUCACCGACGCUGUCAGUUAGCUGACGACGAGCAGCGGCUAGCUGGGUCACGGCCACAAGCACGACGGCUGUCAACACGGACACCCUGGUCACUCCCACAGUCACGGGCCGAGAGCGGCGCCGUCCUUCGCGACGGAUCAGGCGAUGGACAUCAGUCAGCAGCCGAAGAGGCGGUCGCACGCGGAUGAAAGCGGCAGUUGGGACAUCGUCAAGGCAACGCAGUUUGGUAUCCUUGAGCGCUGUAAGGAGCUGGUGGAAGCCGGAUACGACGUCAGGCAGCCGGACAAAGAGAACGUCACUCUGCUGCACUGGGCGGCCAUCAACAACCGCUCGGAGCUGGUCAAGUAUUAUAUUUCCAAAGGGUCGACAGUGGACCAGCUUGGAGGAGACCUGAACUCGACUCCUCUUCACUGGGCCAUAAGGCAGGGCCACCUCUCCACGGUGAUCCAGCUGAUGAGAUGCGGAGCAGAUCCCGCCGUCGCGGACGGAGAAGGUUACCGCGCUCUGCAUCUCGCCAUCCUCUUCCAGCACAUGGCCAUAGCGGCUUAUCUCAUGGCUAAGGAACAGGAAGUCGAUGGACCCGACUGCAACGGUCAGACGCCGCUGAUGUUAGCGGCCCAGAAGAUUAUUGGGCCCGAACCCACAAAUUUCUUAAUAAAGAAUAACGCUUCUGUGAAUGCGGUGGACAAAGUGAACAGGAACACCCCGCUGCACUUCGCCGUUCUGGCAGGAAACGUAGACGCCGCCCACAUCCUGCUGGAGGCCGGCGCCAGCGUGGACGCAGAAAACAUCAACGGUCACACGGCCAUCGACUUGGCCCACCAGGUGCACAGCCCGCUGCUCGUCCACAUGCUCAACCACAUCAAACAGGAGAGGAUUCGCUCCAACUCGCGCUGCCUGCGGAUCUUCAACAGAUACAGGGUCUUUCUGCAGUUUCUGCUCUGCACUGCCACGUUUGGAAGUGUGGGCGCCAUAGUUGAGCUGAAGUCGGAGUCGUGGUUGCUCAAAGGGAUCCUGCUGGCCUGUGUGAUCGGUGUGGUCAAUCUGGCCUCCAGAAACUUCCCGAGCGCGGCCUUCCAGACUCUCCUCCCAGCUUCAGCUCUCAUGGCUUCAGUGUUCUGGAUGCUCGUCACCUGGUUCCUCUGGUUCUUGCCAGAUGAGCCCAGCGCCACAGCUCAGGUCCUGUUCACCCUGAAUGCCACUGCUCUGCUCUACUAUUACCUCCGCACCUGCAGGACCGACCCCGGCUUCGUCAAGGCAACCGAAGAAGAAAAGAAAAUGAAUGUGUUGGUGUUGGCUGAAGCCGGCUGUCUGGACCCCAGGAUAUUCUGCACUUCCUGCAUGAUAAAGAAACCGAUGAGAACGAACCACUGCUUCCAGUGCGACGCCUGCGUGGCGAAGCAGGACCACCACUCUGUCUGGACCAACGGCUGCAUCGGUGCGAGGAACCAUCACUUCUUCAUCCUCUUUCUGCUCUCCCUCGUGCUGAUGGGAGCCUGGAUGUUCUACGGCUGCCUCACAUACUGGUCGACUCACUGCGCGCUGCAUUACGAGGAGCAGGGCGUGUGGGGCGUGGUCUCCGCCCUGGUCGGCUGCUCUCCCUGGCUGCUCAGCGUCUUCCUGCUGGCUUUCUAUCACACCUGCUGGUCCGGCUUGGUCCUGCUGCUGCAGCUCUACCAGAUUGCCUUCCUGGGACUGACCACAGUAGAGCGGAUGAACCUGACGCUUCACCAGAGGAAACUCCGACAAUCCGUCUCCCUCAGGCAGAAUCCAUACAAUUUGGGCGUCGUGAGGAACCUGGCGUCCUUUUUCCACCUGCGUUGCUGCGGCCUCUUCAAACCGGCCGUCAUCGACUGGACGCAGCAGUUCCCGCCCGGCCGCGACCAGCACGUGUUCGGAAACACUGACAUGGUCUGACCUGGCGCCCGCCCGCCCGCCCUUCUCGCUCAGGGUCAAAAGGUCAGACUCUCAUAGCGGUUCUGGACCAAAAGCACAAAGUUUAUUUAUUUUAUUUUUUUUACCUUUUUUUUUGCUCCUCGUGAAGAGAGACCACGAUACUUCGACACACACACACACACACACACACACACACACACACAGCAUUGUGUAGAUAUAUCGUUUGAUUCUGUUGCUCUUUGUACAGACUGCCGCUGCCUUAUACUUGACCAAUGUAAGUGGAAUGGAAAUCACUAAUGUUUUACUUUGGGCCGAGGCUACCGAGCCUCUGAAGGCCUAAAUUGUAAUUGAAGUUUUGAGAUGUUUUUUAUGAACGCAUCAAGCCUAUUUUUUAUCAUCCGUUCUGGGGGGGAAAAGGAUCUUUGUACGUGUUAUAACGGUUGUUUUUAUGACUUUUUGUAAGAGUUGCAUGUGUUUAACAAUGAAUGGCCACUAUAGUACUUCAUUAACUCAAUGUCGUGCCUGUUCUUUUAACCGGCUCCGUCUGGACUCUGCGUACGGAAACCCUGACGCGUCCUGAUUAUUGUGCCGGUGGUUCGACUCGUUUUGAAGUCUUGUGAAACGAACGUGUUGUUUUCGACACAUUGUUACUUUUUCGACGCAUUACGUGUCGCGCCCAUCACAUUCUUUAUUUUCAGCGCUCUUGUUAACCGAUAUUUUUAUACAAACAAUGAGACGAAUCACUUUUGGGGUUUUCAGUUCAAAGGGAAUCUGUUAAGGCAGCCGUUGUGAUCCGGGUUUAAAGAAGCCAAAGAAAUCUGAAGCGCUAAUUGAUCCGAAGAUUUUGAUCGACAGAUCUGUACAACUGGGAUUUCUCUACAAAGAAUUAAACAAAAGCACCACUUUGCAUCUCGUGUGUUCGCCGGAGAUCUCGUGCUCGGAGAGAAAAAAAAAAAGCAAUAAAAGAAAAAACAUCCACUCUACUAAGAGGGCCUUAAGAGGCACAAUAAUAGUUUCCUGUAUGAAGUCAUCUCUUCUGAUUUAAUGGGUUUAGUUUGACAGUUCCGUCUAACUACACACGCAAUUGUGAACUCAUUUCGUUUGUUAACCACUCGUUGCCUUGAUUGCUCUAAUUAAUUGUUGCACAUAAUUAUUUAUGAAUGCAAAUAAGAUUCUAUUAAUAAUUUAACCUGAAACACGAUGAGGCACCGCUAAUUGUCUUCUCACGGCAGGAGGUAACAAGACUUAUAAGCAAGGGUUGGGCAGAGUUGUUAUCAUCAUAAACUAUAAUUAGUAAUACGAACAAAAUGAUUGCAAAAAUAUGUUCUGCAUGUGUGUGAAAGCUCUGUUUCCUCUUUCCUUUAAUGUAUGAACACAAUGUCAUUUUCUUUUCAUGAAUAAAAGUCAUUCAAGAUACA